AAAUUAAAUGGUCACCAGGCAUCACGGGUGAGUAGCCUUGACGCGUUCUACGUCGAAUUGCAUGCUUAUUUUCAUCUUGAAGUCCGUGGCCAUUGUUUCGACUCAACAGUACAUCCCAUUGACGCUGAUCAAUUGACUCUGACUCGUUUUCUGAUUGUCAAAGAGCGAUAUUUGGCAGUUGUCUUAGUCACUGCAUUGGUUUCCAUGUAUACAUGCUGUACGUAAAAUCUUCUGUUGUGAUUGAUAUUCAUAGUGCUAUUUUUUCUUCCCAGAUAUCAAGAUGUUAACCUCCCCCUUCCGUUCUCCGGUAGAUUUGUUGUGGCACGAGUGGGUUCAGUGCCUUGCCUUGCGACGAGUAUACUACCUAGAAUCCGAACAUUACGAAGAACGGCUAGAUGAAUUAGAUGACGUUCGCACAAACAGCGAUCCAGAGAAUCCUUUCCAAAAAGUCAGGCCUCCUUUCUUACCGCACCCAGAACUGAGGGAAACGGUUCCGAAUAUUUCUCUGUAUUCGGCCCUGUACAAGCUGCCCGAAAAUCUUGAAUUGAAGGCCGAUCCUUCGUGCGAGAAAUCGUUGGUGGAACUACAACUGGAGGCUGCGGUCGAGUUCCUUGACCAGUGCGUUCCAAAUCAACCGGGAUACACAUCUUCGAUCGCAGCUAUUACUAUGCUCCCCGAUGCCAAAAAGCUGACCAAGGUGUGGGGAAAGUGGUACGCUUGUGGGAACAAAAUGCGGUACUUGCGGUACGUCAAGGCCCAACUGGAACGACGUCGCGAAAUGAAGAAGGCCGGUCAGCUGGGAUUGCAUGAUAUUCUUGUUGCCGCACCAGCCACGAUGGCCAAAGCCACUGUGAAAGCAACUGCAGAAACAUUCGAUGUUGUGAAAGAUAAAGCGGUCGAAGGGAUGUCGACAAUUAAAAAAUACACGACUGAGAAGAUCGGUGAGGGUAUUUUAGCAGUCAAGGGACUGGGAAAUCAGGACGAAAGUAUCGAUGAAAAGGAAACUGAUUUAGGGGACACUGAAGUGUUUGUGAGUUGUCGGGAACACGCACAAAGUUCACAGAUCGAAAUUAUGAUUAAAGACAUAGAUGACGUCUUUGUAAGCUGCAAAGCAACCAAUUCAUGCGAUUCAGAGUAUCACCGAAAUGAGGAGGAUAAAGUCAUAGGCAAUGACGUAAAGAAUGAAGAGAAAACGAACAAUGAUUCCAACGCCAAUACUGUCCUCUUAGAUAUAGAAAAAGGAAACUCAGUUAGAAGUGCUAGUCAACAAUCUCCAGGGGAUUCUGCUAACACACAAAGUCACGACCUAGAGCUAGGUGAUGCUACUAGAAGCGAAAGAGUUGCGACGAAGUCUGCGUUUGAUGUCGUCAGCGGGGAAAUGAAUGCCGACGAUAAAGGUAAGGAAGAAGGCAAAAGUUUUUCCUCCUCCAAGCUUGCAAAAACGAUCGUUCCUGGAUUCAACCAGGAAUCGGUCGGAGGUCAUUUUGAAUACGACGAAUUCGAUCCGGUAACGUUUGCAAAGUGGUUGGGUUAUAGUGAAGAGACAGAAUUAGAACAAGUCAUCGACACGCUUGAUAUAGAGCAGCUCAGUGUAUAUGCAAGAGAAAUGUCGCAAUCUGCAUCAAACUGCUGUGUCUAUGGAUGUACUCCUAAAACAUUGAGUUUUUUAAGCAUAGAACAGCUGGAGGUUUUGGUUGAAGAUACAUGGACAUCAGCACAUGAGGCCAAUGCUAUGCUGCUUUUAGCACGAGCUAAUAUGUUCAAGGAGCAUCAAAAAAGAGAAGCGGAAAUCAAUACGAAGAUCGAAGUAGCAACGAGUAAAAAGGAUGACGCUACAAACGACGAGAAAUCCCAAUCAGUAAAGAAGACGCAAUCUGAAGAUGCUUCAACUUCAAGAUUCAGUCGGAAACGUCCAGCCAGUAGCAAUCUAGACUUGUCCUCUUCGAAAGACGAAAGAACCGCAAGUGCCAACCCAAGUGAUCUUCCUUCGAAUCUCGACCAUAAUGUCUUAAAAAUGUCUGGGUUGCGGCAAAGAGGCAAACGUGCCGGUAGAACUCAAUCAACACGUGCCAAAUAUAACGUCGCGCAAAAACUAGUAACAGAAAUCAAUGAUAUAUCUACACCGAUGCGUGAAGAUGCAGAAGAUGAAAUAGGUCAUGGUGCAAAAAAAGGAGUUCUUGAUCAUCCAGACUACUGUGUGGUAACAUUUACUUCGCGACAAGCGGCCAUUGCUGGAAGACAAUGCCUUAUCGAUGGGAAAGGCACCAGGGCUUGGGCGCAAGUCCAUAGUAUUCCCAUGCACCCAUUAGCGGAUGCACCACCGAGAACUCCUUGCUUUUGUCGUGGAUGCUGGUGAGUUUGCGUUCUACCGUUUUAUUUUGGGUCUGGAUUUCGGUCGAAAGUCAGAAACUUACUAUUUUCUUCACAAAUAUAGCCGCCCAGUUACAUUGACAAUCUCAAACAAAGAAAAGCGUUCAAGAACUACAUUGUAAGUAUAUCUACAUGAGUUCAAAUCAGCCGUGUUCUCCUAUGAGAUAGGUCUAACUGGUAUUCCUUCUCGCUCUCGCUCUCGCUCUCGCUCUCGCUCUCGCUCUCUUCGAACAGCACAUGGACGUUUUACGUUUUGUGGUGCAUGGUUUAUACGAUACCGCUUACGUAAGUUAUUCGGAUAGUUAUCUGGAUCAUCAAAAAUUCAAACCAUGCCUCUUCUCAACCCAACUACUUUUCUGUAGUAUGGUAUCCCAACUCUUGAACCCAACUUUACUUGCUGAAGUCUUUCCCGACGUUGAGGUACUACAAAAUCCUGAUACAUUUUUCUUUAAGGCGCUUGCUGGUAUCUCCACCGGUUAUAUCUAUACUUUGUUCUUCUCUAUAUUACCACAGAUUUUCAAACUGCUUGCCUUUUCCGAGGGAUCUUCCAGUAGUAAGCCACAAGCUGAAGAAUAUGCUAUGCGAUUUUACUGGUAUUUUAUGUUAGUAACGGCGUUCACGGGACAAUCACUCGUCCAAAUGCUCCUUGAUGGCAUUCUCCAAGGUGCGUAACUCUCGGCAUGGUAACAUUUGUUGACUACAGGAAUGUCUGUGUCACAUACGCAAGGUAUUUCCAUGGUGACUUCGGUAUAACAGAGUAUCCAUUUUGGUCUGGUUCCUCUUCUUUUGAUCCAGGUAACGUCGGUAAAGAAUUCAAGGAAAUUCUUUCUUCGGUAGCAGCAUCAAUCGCAACUUCUGUAAGUUAGUCAGAAAUUAUUGCCUUUCUUGCAGAAUGGUCUACCUAAUAUUAUUGUUUUUUUUUUCUCGUGAUACAUUUACAGCAAGCUCCAACGUGGCUCAAUUGGAUUA